UUUUUAUUUGUACAGGAUUUAGUAAGCAGUAUAAAUAUCUAUUGCGGAGACGUAUUUUAAUGUCAGUGUUUACUUUUUCACGCGGAUAAACAAGAAAUUGUCCAAGGUGAAACCGACGUUAAAUCUGUUGUUUAUCUGCAGGGAACGGUUUUCUUAAGCAAAUAUGUCUCGGGAACUAAAAUUCAGGCUUCGUAAUCUUCAAAAACCACAGUGGUUCAUUCGUUUCAGCGCCAAUGGUUUAGAUGUGAAUGAAAACGUAUUGAAUGAACUGAGGCGUUUGGAAAGUCAUAUUGUUGUUUUCACAGUAACAGGCUCUCUUAGAACGGGGAAGUCGUGGAUACUUAACCAACUCGCAGAGUGUGGUGUAGAGAAUGGUUUCGGCGUGGCUGAUGGACAGACAGCGGUUACAAGUGGUAUUUGGAUAUUGUGCCGGGAGCAUCCCAUUUUGAACUGUGUAGUGGUGUUCUUGGAUACAGAAGGAUUGCAUGAUCCUUUUAAGACCAAUACAGAACAAGAAGAUAACCGCCUAUCGACUUUGUCCUUCUUACUGUCAGAUAAGUUCAUCUUUAACGCCAAAGACAAGUUUGACAACAACGAUUUAGGAAAAAUAGGUUUUAUUGCAAUGAUUUCAAAGAAACUACAACAAAGAGAAGCACAAGAAUCAUUUCCAGAGUUCAUUCUACUUCUACGAGAUGUUUCCAGAGUCAAAGUCAAGGGUAAAGUAGUGGAGCCCAAAGAAUAUCUAGAAAAUAUCUUGGAAUCUGCUGGACCCGAUGACUGCCGAUUUUCUCCUAAAUGGUGCGUCCGAGAAUACUGUAAGAAGAGAGCAUGCUUCACUCUGACGCAACCGACAGAAUUCGAAGAUCUGUCUGAAUUGGGUGAAACUGAUCAUCCAGAGCUAAAAGCUCGCUUUUUGGAAGACAAGGAGAAAUUUAAAAACUACUUAUUUAGAAACUCAGAUAUUAAGCGAUUGAAUAAUGGCUCACCAUACACAACCAGCGCAUUCUGUGAGUACACACGUGCAUUAGUAGCGACUGUGGAAGACGGUGCGAUACCAAAUGUUAGUUCCCUUCAGCAACGUAUAGCGGAAGAAGAAAACCAACGUGUUUGGAAAGAAACAACAGAACUAUUUAGAAAUUCUAUCAGAGACGACGAGAAAACUAAUUUGUACGGAUCGCCCACGGAAAGAUUCAAAGUGCUACAAAAAGAAGGGAUUGAACGCAUCCAAAAUCAGAUGAUACCUCAGAGCCAGCAACAUAUGUCUGAAAUUGUUGAAGAGUUUAAGGUAUUUUCAGAGGAAGAGUAUAAGAAACUGUCUACAGAAAAAUGCCGUGAGUUUUUGACUUGCCACCUAGAAACAUGUUUCAACAUGAUAGAAGACAACUGCUACAUGGCUCCAAAUGCCAAAGAAAAGUUCGAAAGAGACGUUAGAAAGGUCAAAGAAAAAUACGACAAAAAGGAAAAUUUGGGCCCGGAGGUUUGUUACGAAAAAGUGAACGUUUGGAACGAAAAAGAAAGAGAAAUUAGAAAAAAGAUGAAGGAACUCGAAUUGGUGGACUUACGGUAUGAACUACACUCAGCGGAAACAGCAAACAAAGAAGAAAAAGAUCACCUGGAUCAAAGAAUAAAACGUAUGGAGGCUGAAGUAAAUGAACAGAAACUGGAGAUGGCGCGAAAAGCACAAGAACUUGAACAGAAAAGAAAUAACGAGAAGCUUGAACUGGAACAAGAAAGAAGAAGGAAUGAAUUCGAGUUCGAAAUGAAGACAAUUGAAUUACAAAAACAACUAAGGCAACAGGAGGAUAAGAUGCAUGAUCGAGAAGUGCGUAUAAAUGAAAAGGAAGCAGCUCUUACAAAAGCUGUAGAAGAGAUAAAAGAAAGUCAAACAAUGCAAAUGCAAAGAGAAAGUGAUGCAAAAGUAGUCAGUUCAUUAGUUGACGGAAUAUCUCUAAUUGGAGCUGCAGCUAUUACUGCCCUUGGUAAUUUAGGUGAUGAUUCAGAAUGACGCGUGCACUUGAAAAAAUAAGGAAAUGACUACUAAUUGUUACAUAAGGAGAAGUCCAAAAUGUAGUUCCAUAUUGUUGGUGAGAUAUAGUAUAAUAUGUCAUAUAUAAGGAUGCGGCAUUUAUAUUAGUUGGCCUAGUUUUAUUGCGUAUUGUUAUAUGUUUUAGUUUUAGAAAAUGUCUUCAUAUACGUGAUUGCUCAGCAGCGAGUAUUUUCAUAGAGUGUUGCUUUUAGCUAAUCUGAGCACAAAGUGCUUAAGGUGAGCUAUUGUAAUCACCCUGUGUCUGUCGUCGUACGUUUGCAUCGUCUGUCAUGCGUCGUCAACAAUUUGACAUUUUACACUCUUGGGGUCACAAUUUUGGCCAAAUCUUGAUGAAACUUGUUAAGAAUGUUACCCUCAGAAAACUCACAUUGAGUCAACUGGGGUCAUAAUUUAGGUCACUAGGUUAGUUAACAGGAAAACGUUGUUAACACUCUAGAGACCAAAUUUUCUACCUUAUCUUCUUAAAACUUUAUCAAAAUUUUUGUCUCUGUGAAAUUUAGGUCAAAUUUGAAACUAGGUAACCCGUGGUCUUAACUAAAAUAGAAAAAGUGAAAACUCCACAGGUCGGUCAACACGACAAAAACUAAAAUGUUGCAGGCCCGGUUUGAUUGAGCCUGUUCAUGGACGGUAGUGGAAAUGCAUGCUACCGUCCACGCUAAGUCACUAGGUCAAAUCGAGAGAUAUAAAUUUACUGAAUUUGCAUGUUAUGCCACCAUUUUGCGGUGGGUUAUAGAUUUGAUUUUGUCUGUCUGUCUGUCUGUUUGUCAGAGAACAUGGUUUUACAUAUAACAAAAGUUUGUGGUCAAACAUCAUUACGCUUUAUUGAAAUGUUCUUCAACAUUACAAGUCAUGCAUCUGAGACAAAGUAGUCAGGUUUAGCUAGUGUGACCGCUCAGUGCAUUGUCCGUCCGUCGUCGUCCGACGUAAACAGCUUUGCUUUGAAUACUCCAGAGAUAACAAUUAUGGCUCAAUUGUAUUGCGUCUUGGUCAGAAUCUUUGUCUUUAAGUUAACAAAAUGACAGAGGACAUACAUAAUAGGUUUGAAGAGUGUUAAGUAUAUUUGUUAUUAUAUAUCAUAUCCUAGAAAACACUAUUUCUGCAUUUAUAUUAAAGAGAAAUGGUCUGCUUUAGUUUCAUGUUGUUUCAUGUGAAAACAUGGCAUCUAGACUGUAAAGUGUUUUUCUAUGAUUUAAUUUUACUGUCCUACCCUUUAACGUUAGAUGACCAAAUUUCAAUCUUGACCUAGAAUUGAUGCAGGCAAAUAUUAUGACUGUGUUUCAUAUAAAUCAGGUAAACAAUUUAGUCUCUAGGGUGUUUACAAGGCUUUUCUGUUAUUUUGCUUAAUGACCCAGUUUUUCAACCCGUUUCAAAGUUAACCUACAUUUGAUAAUGGCAAAUAUUCUGACAUAGUUUCAUAAGAUCCAGCAUAAAAUAUUGGUCUAGGGUGUUAAGAAUGUUUUAUUGUCUAUGAUACAGCUCUUGAUCCCGGUUUUAAUCCAAGAUAACCCAAUUCCGUAAAAUCUCUAGAUAUUUUAAUGUCAAAUACUCUAACCGGAUUUUAUCAAGAUCAAAAGUUAAUCAUGACCUCUAAUGUGUUAACGAUGUUUUCCCAUGACUUCACCUAAUGAUAAUUUUGGACCCUAGAUAAUCUAGUUUCAAACUUUUCAAACUUGAUGUAAAUUUUAUAAAGAUAUUCUGAUCUGGUCUUAUAUAGAUCCAGUAUAAAAAAGGAGUCUUGAGUGUUAACAAGGUUUUUUUUAUGAUUUGACCUAGUCACAUAAUAACCCAGUAUCAAACUCUGUCGAAAGUUUCUCAACACAACAUUCUGACUUAGUGUCAUUAAGAUUGGACUUAAAAUGCAACCUCUAAGUUAGCAGUGAAAUUGUGAACGACAGACGACACCGGACGACGCUGUCCUACCACACUGGCUCACUUUGAGCACUUUAUGCUCAGAUAUAUAGCGCAACUCCUAAUGUUGAAUAAUAUUCCAACACAAUUUCAUGACGGUCUUUCAAUACUUUUUGCGACGGUCGUUCAAUACGUUUUGUGAUAUGUGUAUUACAAAUUUUCUCUGACGGACAGACGAAGCCAAGUCUACAUCCCCUACCGCAUAGUAGUGGCAUAAUAAGCCAGACAAUCACCUUUCACGCAUUUUUCCUACUGCACACAAUAUAAUGAUGUUGAGAUGACCCCCGUGAAAAAUUGAUCGUCUUAGGUGUUCACACUCCACUUCGUCUUAAUUCGCAAAUGUCUAAUAGCUUGCAUUUCACAAUAGAGUGACAUAAAGCACAUAUUGGCGUAGAGGUUAUUCAUAAUGAAUAUGCAUGAGUCCAAGAUGGCGGCGUCCUACUGGUAAUCGGAUGCCUUUGACAGUAUCUUUGUAUCCAUUACUUGCUCAGUCAAGUGUGAAAUGUCAGCCGUAAGUGUUCCUUCUCAGGAGAAGGAACAAUAAGACAGACUGACUGAGUGACUGAUCGAUUGUUUGAGUGAAUGAUUGACUCAUUAUAUGAAUAUUUCGGAAAUUAAUAAAAUGAUUAUAAAUAGAUGAUGGAUGAAUGGAGGGAGGGAGGGAAUGAGUGAGUGAGUGAGUGAUUUGUUCAACUGCGGAAUGAAUGAUUGAAAUCUACAAAUGAUACGAAAUGAAAAGUUAUACGAUUGACCUAAGUAUUCUAAGUAGAGAUCAAUAUAUUAUUUGAAUGAAUGUAUGAUGAAUAGAUUGAUUGAUAUACUGAUUGAAUGACUGAUUGACUGAUUGAUCGACUGAGAAAUAAGUCAUUUUUGAACGAAUAAUUGUACACUACAUUUUAUUUAGGAAAUAGACACUUGGAAAGAGUGACUGAAUAAAUAAUAAAAUCAACGGUUGAUUGAUAGAUUGAUUGAUUGAUUGAUUGAUUGAUUGAUUGAUAUAAUGAAUAAAUGAAGGAAUGAAUAAAUGAACAAAAGUAUACAAAUCAAUCGAAAUGAAUGAGUUUAGUUUAAUCAUAUUUUAUUGUAUAUAUAUACAUAUUUAAUACACACACAUACAACAAGCAUACAUAAAUACAGCAAUGUAAAUACAUGUAUACAAAAGAGUUGGGCCAGAAGUUUUAACAACAUUAUCGGGGGCCCUCCUGUGACAAAGCAGGCUAUAUGUUAUUUAGAAAUACUGUCGUUAUGUGAUAUAUGAGUAAUCGCUUAUCAAAUCAGGAAUUGAAAAAAAAAAGAAAAUAUAGUAUCGUACUGCAAAAAAAAAAACAACAAAAAAAAAAACAUUUAUAUAUUACAGAAAAGCGAAAAAAAGAUACAAUACAAUUGCCGCAGAUCCAAUAUAGAUGCCACCUUCCCAGUCCAAUGCAUUUCUUGUAUGUAAUAUUUUAGCAGUGGUCCAUUCUAGCUUGACGUACAUCAUUAAAUUACAGAAAACUAAACAGUAAAAUAGUACAAUAGUUAUCAAAGUCUCUUAGUUUCCUUUAUGAAAUGAUUUACUUGAUGAAAUAAGAGCCUAUUUUGAGCAUCGUUCAGGAUAUCAAUACCAAAUAGUAAUUUAUUCGUGCUAAGAGGGUAGAACUGACGUGUAUUUAUAAAAAGAUUUCUCCUUUGUUUGUUGUAUUUUGGACAUUUAAAUAGAAAGUGUUCGGCAUCUUCUACUAAAGAACCACAGUCACAUGCAGGAUUUGCGAUAAGGUGAUAGUUAUACAAAUCUGAAUUAAAGUUGCUACAAUUGUUUCUAAUGCGUGCUUGAUAUACGGAUGGUGAGCAAUCGCCACUUGUAAAAUAUGAUGGAACAAUUGGUGGUUUGUAUAAAUCCUUAAGUUUUCUUUUAAAACUUGCUAAUGAGUCUGAUUCUCUAAUAUCUAAAGGUAAUUCAUUCCAAAGUUGUAUUGCUGAAGGGAUGACGGACGGACUUAGAAUAAAUUUUUGUUCUUCUCGCCACUGAUACAUAAUUAACAUUAUUUCUUAACCAGUAUUGAUUUUCAUAUGCAUUUUCGACUAAAGAGGGGAAUAACUGUGAUAAGUACAAUGGCAAUAAAUGAUGUUUUUCUUUGUAUACUAAUAUUAAUUUCUGAAUCUUUCUUCUGUCCGCAAGAGAUACCCAUCCGAUUUCUUUUAAUAAUUUUGAAUAGAUACUCAUCUUGUUAAACCCGUUACAACUCUUGCAGCUUAGAAUUGUAUUUUCUAAUAUUUCUUUCUCAUAAUUAGCAUAAUUAUCCCAUAACAAAGAGGCAUAUUCCAGACGUGGACGUAAAUAAGAUAAAUAUAUUUGAUUGAGGGUUUUUCGUUGAAUUUGAAAUUUCAACAUUUUCAUUGACCCUAGAAUUUUCGAGACAGAUGAGACUUUAGUGGCGAUAUGUUCAUGCCAUGACCCGUCCUGACUAAAUGUAACACCGAGAUGUUUAUGAUGUUCAGCAAAUGUUAGAUGUACAUUAUCAAAAUAUAAGUUUGGGCGGUUUCUAUUACAAUAGGAAAAAACAUAAUUUCUGUUUUAGAAGGGUUAAAAUUCACUAACCAUUGAUUGGACCAUAUCUUAAUUUUGUGGAGGUCAUGAUUAAGAGUUUCUUCCAUCGUAUCUAUGUUACUUGUUGAUACGGCUAGAGAACUAUCAUCUGCAAAAAAGUCUAGUAAUACUUAAAAGUGAAUCAGCUAUAUCAUUUACAUAGAUAAGAAAUAAAAGAGGUCCAAGGACUGAGCCUUGAGGAACCCCACCAUCUAGACAUUGUGACUCUGAAAAAGAAGUUCCGACGAAAACAUUUUUAGUUCUAUUCAUCAUAUAGGUUUCUAACCAGUCUAACAAAUUCCCUGUGAUUCCAUAUUGUCGUAUUUUGAAAAUUAGUCCUUUAUGCCAAACUCUAUCAAACGCUUUGGGUAUAUCACAAAAAAAUACAAUGUGGAUUCUUUAUUGUCUAAAGCUUUGCAUAUUUGAUGAUAGAUGUCAAUCAGUUGAUAAAUAGUAGAUUGUCCUGGUAAGAAGCCUGAUUGAUUUUGGAAUAUUAGUGAAUUGUCAUGUAGAUAGUUAAACAUACGUUUAAAUAUAAAACGUUCCAUAACUUUUCCAACACAACUAAUAAGAGAAAUUAGUCUGCAAUUCCACGGUUCAUCUUUGUUGCCUUUUUAAAAAGAGGCAUAAGGUGCGCUAAUUUCCAAUUAGACGGAUAUAUUUUUUCGGACAUUGAACGAUUUUAUAGUAGACAAAGAGUUUUGCAUAAUGUUUUUUUUUUUUUUUUUACAUUUUAUGACUAAUUUCGUCAGGACCGGAAGCUUUGUUAACAACUUAAUUUAUUAAAAUGUCUGUAAUUUCUUGUUCCUGUAUUAUAAAAUUUUCAGGCUUGUUGGUGUUCUUAGUGAGAAGAUAGGAAGUUCAGUAUAUGUAUCAUUAACAUUAGAAAUAGACACGAAAAAAUCGUGAAGAGUAUUUGCUUUAUCAACAUCUGACAAUGAAUAGCUAUUAUUUUGGAUUUUCAGAGCUGGUGUACUCUCAUUGUUGGAAGAGUUAUCCUUAACAAGCAUUUUAACUGUAUGCCAGUAUUUACGCGGAUUCGAAGUAUUUAAGUCAUUUAAUGAAAAUUCCAGAUUAUUGUAGAAAACUUCUUUUGCGUGUUUUUUAUGUUAUUUACGCGAUUUCUUAGUUGUUUAUAUAAACGCCAGUCUGAAGUUUUGUUAGAAUUCAGUGCUUUAUGAACUGCCUAUCUCUUUGUCGCAAAGUUCUUCGAAUUUCAGAAUUGAACCAGGGUUUGUCUUUUGGUCAAAUCAACGCCAUAUAUGAAGGGAUAUAUUGUUUUGCGAAUUAGCUGUAAAGAAAUCACAAGCAUUAUCUAUACUUCCGUUAGUUAUAUCGGACCAAUCUGUGUUAUGAAUUAAGUCAUUUAAUUAAAUAAAAUCAGCUUUCAUAUAGUUUUAAACUCUUCUUUUAAACGGUUUGUUAGAGUCAAAAUCUAUUUUAAGGAAUAUGUAUGUUCCAAAAUGGUCACUAACUUCUUUCGGCGUUUCAAAUAUGCCUGAAUCAAAAACAUGAAUAUUAUUUGUAACAGCAAUAGGAUUAAGUAAUGUUCUGGUGUUAGAUGUAAUUCGAGCGGGUGAAUUUAUAAAAUUGGUCAAAUUGUUUAAUAGGAUUAUGUCACGAAACUUGUGGUUUGAUAUGUUAAGUUGAUCUUCAUUUAUAUCGCCUACCAUUAUUAAGUUCUGUUUUGACUCUAAAGCUUUUUCUAAACAUCUAUUCAGUUUGUCCCAAAAUUCAACCGUAUAAUGAGGUGGUCUAUAAAUUGAACAUAAAAGAUAUAAAUGUUCUUUUUAUCUUUGAUCUCUACCCAAAGUGAUUCGGGAUUUAUAUUUUCUAGAUUAAUUAGUAUUGUAGGUCUUAAAAAGGCGGAAAUGUAAACUAGAAAACCCCCAGAAUGAUAUGUAAUAUUCUUUCUGAACAUGUAAUCAAAGCCCGAUAGUUGUAAUGUACUAUCUUGAAUAUUUGCAUCCAACUUGGUUUCUGUAAAACACAAAAUAUCCGUAUCUAAAUAUUGAUCUUUUAUAGAGUCAAAUUUAUUUCUUAUACUACGAAUAUUUUGUUGAAGUAUCGAUAAACAGUUUGCGUGACUAAUCGUAGGACCUGGGUUUAGUUCGACGUCACCUGCCAGAAGUAAUAAAUACGUUAUGUAUAAUAAAGAGUUAAAACCGGUAUUUAGGUUAUCGAUCGAUUCGUACAGCUGAUUAUUCACACAGUUCGACUGAUUUUGCUUGUUUGGUGAACCGUGAAAAAGGCUGACAGACAGUAUCAUUCCAGUUAUAAAUGUCAUAUUCAAAGUUGCUCUUCUUACCAAGUUUGUAAGUUGAAAAAACAGUUUACAUACAAAAGAAUAGAAUAAUGAUACAAUUUCCGUCAGGAAAAAAAGUCAAAUUUACAGUAUAUCUCUCAUGGCCACGGACCAACUGCUGGCCGUUAUAAAAUGACCCCACUGAUGCCCGCCAUGAUACUAGAUCAUUACCCAUGAGGUAAUAAGUUAAUAGGAGACAUAUACAUGGCGAGCAAGCACGGGGUCGACAAGGAAAACAACACAAUGGACAGGAGACAGCGGCGACAAAACAACAUAAAAGCGGCAAUGUGUAUCAAAAACAAAACAAAAACUAAAGUACUAUAGUUUUGAAACAUGAUAAAAGGAUUUCUUAAGGGAUAGAUACCAAUGAUGUUGGGAAAGUAUUAUACAUUUCUCUUAUCACAUUUUAACAGAUCACAAAAUAUAAAACUGCAUACAAAAAAAAAUAAAACUAUAGUGGGUUGACAGAAAAAAUGUUAGACCAACUCAUUUAGAUAUAAAAAGGACUCACACUACACUCACACUCCGUUCUCUGAGAACAUUCUUGUGGUUUUAUAUAAAUCUCUUAAUCAAUAUAUUUAAGACCACAAAAUAGGCCUAUAAGAUUUUUAUAAUUAUGUACAGUUACUGACAUUUCCUUUAAAUAAAAUAAUGCAACUAAAUCUAAUAAUGUACCAUCUCCUAAUAAGAUAAUGAAAAAACCGUCAUUUUCAUAAACAACUAUCGUGAAAGCGAAAAAGUUGUAUUAAUUGCUACCCGGUUAUAUGCACUUACCGCAUUCAGUCAUUCAAGCGAUGAAAGUAGAUAAUUGAUAUUAGGCCGUGUAAGUUUUACGUUAGUUUAUUACCUUUACCAUCUUAAUUCACAUCAAGAGCAAACGUUGCGUUUGCAUAACAGUCUGCUAUAUCUAAUAAUCUUUAUGAUGAAAACGAUAACAUUCAGGUAGCUUUGUGAUAAUUUUAUAAAAGCAUCACGUUUUCUAGCCUGUUACAUUUUUUUUGUUCUAAUAUAUAUAUGAAAUGUCUAAAAACCGAACUGUUACAUUUUUUUAUUCGAACUGUAAUCUUGAAUUUGUCAGACUGAAGUCGUGCAAAAUGAACAGUUGUUCAAACAUUAUUGUAACA